AUGGUUCGCAAGUCUAAGUCACAGGUCCUGAACCCCACCAUCCGCCCCACGGUCGUUAUGGAGGACUCAGAUGAUGCGGAAGUCGCACAAAGUCGUCAGGUGCGGCGCCUGAAGGCCGAGGUGGGUUCGAUGUCUCGGAGCUUGCGGCGCUUAGAGACCCAGCUCUAUGACCUCCUGGACCCAGGCACUUCAACGCAGGCCACACUGAGACCACACAUGCUAGACUACCCGGCCAGCCCAAGUCAUGAUCAUCCGGCCAGCCCGAGUUAUGAUCACCCGUCCAGCCCGAGCUACGAUCAUCCGGAUAGCCCGAGUACUGCGCAUCCGGACAGCCCCGUUGGUCCAGCCUAUGAUCAUCCGGCCAGUCCAUCAUUCGAGCCGCCACAUAUUGGGCAGCAAGAGAGUCCCCACUAUACCCGAAGCCAGGAGUCCUCGCGCAUGGGCCGCCCGACCAGUGAGGCAACGGACAGGAGUUCGGGGCUCAUUGAUGAGAGCAUGAAUCUGCCAGGAUGUCCCCCAGAUGCAGAUCUCCAGUGA